AUGUUGCAUCAGACACACUUCAUUUAUUUCUAUUCAGUCGUUUACUUUGUCUUUACCUCCCCUAUCUCUCUCACUCUCAUCUUCUGCCCUAUCUCUUUUCUUCCUUUCUUCUCCCCUAUCUUUCUUGUUCCUUUCUUCUACCCUGUCUCUCUUGUUCCUUUCUUCUACCCUUUCUCUCUUGUUCCUUUCUUCUACCCUGUCUCUCAUGUUCCUUUCUUCUACCCUGUCUCUCUUGUUCCUUUCUUCUACCCUUUCUCUCUUAUUCCUUUCUUCUACCCUUUCUCUCUUGUUCCUUUCUUCUACCCUGUCUCUCUUGUUCCUUUCUUCUACCCUUUCUCUCUUGUUCCUUUCUUCUACCCUUUCUCUCUUGUUCCUUUCUUCUACCCUGUCUCUCUUGUUCCUUUCUUCUACCCUUUCUCUCUUGUUCCUUUCUUCUACCCUUUCUCUCUUGUUCCUUUCUUCUACCCUUUCUCUCUUGUUCCUUUCUUCUACCCUGUCUCUCUUGUUCCUUUCUUCUACCCUGUCUCUCUUGUUCCUUUCUUCUACCCUUUCUCUCUUGUUCCUUUUCUUCCUGUCUCUCUGUUUCCUUUCUUCUACCCCUUUCUCUUUGUUCCUUUCUUCUACCCUUUCUCUCUUGUUCCCUUUCUUCUACCCUGUCUCUCUUAUUCCUUUCUUCUACCCUGUCUCUCUUGUUUCCUUUCUUCUACCCUUUCUCUCUUGUUCCUUUCUUCUACCCUUUCUCUCUUGUUCCUUUCUUCUACCCUGUCUCUCUUGUUCCUUUCUUCUACCCUAUCUCUCGUACCCUUCUACUUUAUCCCUAACUCUUUUCUUCUAUCCCUGCUUCUCUUUUUCUCCCAUCUCUCUACAUCUUCUCCCAUCUCUCUCACUUCGCCAAUCUCUCUACGUCUCUCUUCUUCUUCUCCCAUCUCUCUACCCCCCCCCAACUCACUCUCUUCUUCUUCCCCAUCUCUCUCACUCUCUUCUUCCGAUCUCUUUUUCUCCCCAAUCUUCUUCCGAUCUCUUCUUCUCCCCGAUCUCUCUGACCCUCUUCUUCUCCCCGAUCUCUCUGACCCUCUUCUUCUCCCCGAUCUCUCUCACUCUCUUCUUCUCCCUGAUCUCUCUCACUCUCUUCUUCUCCCCAAUCUCUCUCACUCGUUUCUUCUCCCCGAUCUCUCUCACUCUCUUCUUCUCCCCAAUCUCUCUCACUCUCUUCUUCUCCCCGAUCUCUCUCACUCUCUUCUUCUCCCCGAUCUCUCUCACUCUCUUCUUCUCCCCGAUCUCUCUCACUCUCUUCUUCCCUAUCUUUCUUUCUCUUUUUAUUUUCCUUAA